AAGAGCCAUCACUCACCAUGCAGCGCUGGUCAGCAAGUAGUAGCGCCAACGACUCGGACAGUAGCGAGGAUACACAACGUCAGCAUCAGGAUGAACGUCUCAAGCGGCGUCAACGCGUCAAGCGACGCAACACAGCGCGUAACGCCGCCAGUGACUCUAGUGAUUAUUCCACAACCACCUCUCGAGCACUUGCUGCCGCCGAAAUUGAUGAGAAUGAAAAAGCCAAUAAUGUGGUUGAAAAAGAUUUUAACUCGCGUUGGUCACCACUGAAAAACGCCCUGCGCUCUCUCACCCUGACCAACCCUCGGGGGACCAAGCCAAAAAGCGAGAGCAAGAAGAUCCUUCGCUCGCCGGUGGCUCACGUGUACGUGAAAGGACCCUCCGGCUUGCCGACGCAACGGGUGCCUCUUGGCGCUGCUAACUUUACCGACUUCUGUUGCGUUCAACGUUCUGUGGCGCUUCGUGCGCUGCUGCUUGAGCCUUGAUCUGUGAGGACCAACAUUGACAAAAAACAUAGCCAUUGUGACCUUGUAUAAUAUGUAAUUGUGAUAAAAAGAGGAUGACUACCUUUAUGGUGCCUGAAUGUAAAUCAUUAGUCUCUGGCUUUUUGCUAACAAAAAUCCGCACUCUAAAAGGCUAAAAUAAUUUUGGCAGUUUUAUUGGAAUGCAGGGCUACGAAACGCAAGCGACACAAUUGCAUUGUGAGAGGCGUAAAAAUGGUGUUAUGUGGUCUGGUUGGUUCGUAAUAAUAAUUAACAGACAUCUCAAACCAUUUUUAAUUUUCUUUGUGUGUUAUAUU